AUGACUUGGGAUGCAAGAUAUUCUAUGACAGUGGUUGAUAAGAGCGAGGACACGGAUGAUACGGGAGCGAGUGUGGAGGCAGCAGUGAAGCAGGAAGAGGAGAUAGUGAUCAAGGAGGCAACAGCAGUAAACGGUGGAGAUGGAGACGGUGUCAACACUUUUGCAGCAGCGAUCGUGGUUGAAGAUAAAGCAGUAAAUGCGAAGUGUGUGGGAGUUGAAGCUGUGAAAGGGGACAUCAUGGUGAAAGGAUCAAAGGCGAAUGCAACUGCCAAGGGGCAAGUGCUUAAGGAGGAUGAACGCGUUGAAGGGUACGAGACCCGAGAGGUGUUGGGUGUAAAGAUGCUGAGGAGAAGCGAGAGGCAUAAGAAAAUCUCUCAAGGUUUGGAUGUCAAGGCGCUCAACUUCAAGACACGUAAGCAGAGGUUCAAGGUGCUCUCCCUCCUCUCACCCUACUCUCACCCUCCUCUCACCCUACUCUCACCCUCCUCUCACCCUCCUCUCACCCUCCUCUCACCCUCCUCUCACCCUCCUCUCACCUUCACCCUCCUCUCACCCUCCUCUCACCCUCCUCUCACCCUCCUCUCACCCUCCUCUCACCCUCCUCUCACCCUCCUCUCACCCUCCUCUCACCCUCCUCUCACCCUCCUCUCACCCUCCUCUCACCCUGUGCUCUCUUGCUGCGGCCACGUGCGGAUCGUGAAAGGCAGAAUCUACUUCCGUUUCGGCGGCUUCGAGUUCGACUGGUUCAAGAUGCGCCGCUUCCUCUUCUCGAUCCUCAUGAUCAAAGAAGCCAUCGCACGCUACAGCCUCCAUUCCCUCACCGCCGAAUUCUUCAUCAACACGUGCGACGCGCACAUCAGCAAAGCCUCAUCUGUCGCAAACCGCCGCGCCGGCCUCCCCGUUUUCAGCACGCACGGCUCCAUCGGCAGCAUCGACAUCCUCUACCCGGACCCGGUGGACCUGAGCGAAACUUACUUCCGCCGAAGCGAGGCGGAUCAGGUACCUUGGGAGCAGAAGCAGAGCCGUGCGGUGUUCCGAGGGACCAUGACCAAUUUCCACCUGUUUUACGACCGGCAAUGGCGCCCCAGCCCGCGAAUGCGCCUCCACCGCAUGUCAGACGUGCGGCCAGACCUGAUCGACGCGAGGCUUGUGAAGGGAGUGGACCCAGUGUUUCUAGAUGAGCUGCGGGAGGAUGGGAUUAAGAUGGGGGGUCGACUCGGUCCGGCGGAGUUGCAAGCGUUCAAGUAUGAGAUCGAGGUGGACGGUGGUACGGGGACCUGUCGCACGUGCGGGAUUCUGGCAAGCAACCAGAUGAUCAUCAAGCACGCGAGCGAGUAUUUUGAGUAUUUCUACCCCCUCCUGUGCCCAUACCAGCACUUCGUCCCAACACACCGAUACUUCGAUGAUUUAUUCGAGCGGAUUGAGUGGGCUCGGGAUCAUGACCUCAAGGCGCAGCAGAUUGUGAAGCAGGCCAAUCGGCUUGCAAGGGACGUGUGUACAUGGGAGGGCCGGCGUCUCUACUGGGCGAUUCUCCUCGCGAAAUAUUCCGCCAGCGCGCUCGAGGAUCCUGCCAACGUAACCCGCCCGGCUGUCUUCAAAUGCACGGUCCCUCCAAUCCAAGGGCGUUUGGAAGAGUCCAAGUGGAAAUGGCUUAGUGCCGACAUUCUGAGUGGAAUUCAGGGCUUCAAGCCGCAAAUUCCCGGAAAUAAGUUCCGAGAUGUGUAA